GCCGGGUUGCUGUUCCGGGGCGCGGGAGGGUGUUCGUCGGAGGGGUGGGCAGCAUGGGGUUCACGGUGGAGAGCCUGAGGGAGGCCAUGAAGUACAUGGUGGAGUCGCAGGGCUUCGACCGGGUGCUCCGCAAGAUGAAACUUCUUUCCGCAACUCCUGGAAAAAUUGUUUGUGAAAUGAAAGUAGAGGAGGAGCAUACAAACAGAGGAGGCACAUUACAUGGAGGUUUGACAGCCACGCUUGUGGAUGUGGUGUCAACAGCAGCAUUGCUGUACACAGAAAGAGCAGUGCCUGGGGUCAGUGUGGACAUGAACAUCACAUACACUUCUGCUGCUAAGAUUGGAGAAGAGAUACUGAUUACAGCUCAGAUUUUGAAGCAAGGAAGAAAUAUUGCAUUUGCCAGCGUGGAUUUAACAAAUAAGGCGACAGGAAAGUUAAUUGCACAAGGUAGACAUACAAAGUAUCUAGGAAAUUAAUAUAAGUAAUUUAAAAAAUAAUGUUGGGUUUAAGAAUGCCAUAUAGAAUCAUUUUCUCAUUUAUGCAAUAAGACAUUAUCUGCACAAAGUUGUGAUAGUCUAUAUAAAGUGAUUUACUCUCACUUCCAUAAUAAAUGAACAAAUUUCUUAAUUACCACCAGAAUUGCUACAAGCUUAAAAUUAGUACCUAUUUUGGGAAUGAACAACAGAGCAUAAUAGCACAGGGAUGCACCUGGCUUUCUUUGGUCAGGAUAGCAGAAGAGAAGAUCCUUUGGACUAGCCAUAUGGUUUACCAGCAUGACAGCGUUUUAGGAGAUCUUUGUUUUCUUUGCCCGUGGUGUCAUCGCAUGACAAAGCGACCGUGUCUUCAGGCUCAUCACAGUCACAUUCGAACAACACUAUAUACACUUAAAAUCUAAACUACUUGAUCUGUAGGAUGGUAGUACAGAGUUCCUGUAACAGUGUGAAAACAGUUUGAAAGUGUAAAGCAGGCUAAUACAGAAUGUAAUUUACUGAUGCUGUAACAAAUUCAAAAGUAUUCAAUAAAGCUUUCUGAAAGUACAUUUUUAAAGAU